AUGCAGAAACUUUGUAAUGAACUCAACAACGUCUAUUACGACUAUUCUGCUUAUUCCAAUCUAAUCUGUCUAUACGGAUUCUGCAGAGAAUUCGGUUUCAAAGAACCCCCGAUAAGCACGAUACCUGAACUAUUUGAAUUACCAAAAGACUGCUACCAUUUCGCAAGCAAACAUGGCAACAACAAAUACGCGAAAAACUUUCUGGCACAAAACUAUAGAAAUGGAACCGGCGGCGCGAAAGCCGACAACCAAAAAGUGUUCUACUGGGCAAAAGAGUCCGCAGCACUCGGAUUCACGUCGGGACAGUACAAUUUGGGAUACUGCUACAUGAAAGGAAUUGGCGUGGCACCUUCGAGCAUAUUGGCAUUCUAUUGGUUUCAAGAAGCGGCCAAAGUACAUAAUUCAAUGGCGGAAUAUCAUGUCGGACUUUGUUACCAAAAUGGAUAUGGGACCGCGGCGGAUCGGUUGAAGGCUACUUAUUGGUUCCGUCGUUCCGCGUCCCAUGAUGAUGCGUUGGCACAAUAUGUGUUGGCAGUCUGGUAUCGUAAGGGAAAUGGCGUGAAUCGUGAUGUUCAUAGUGCUAUAUGGUUUGUGAUGCAUGCUGUAAGAAAUGAGCAACGGAAUGCUGAUUAUGUUUUGAAGAAUACUGGGCAUCUUUUGAAGGAUAUUUUUCACUGA